UCCCAUAAUUUUUUCUCCCAAGCCCUUUUUCUUCUUUACUCUCGUAUACUUUUCAAGUCUUGCGAUGGCUGUAUGUACUAUUGCAUAUGCGCGAUAUGUCAGACCCUCCGCAUUUUCUAAGUGCAUAAUUCAUGUUCUCUUUCCAUUCGCUUUCAGUAUAUUAUAUGUCUCCACAAAUUAUUUUUUUUUCUUUCUAACAAUCCGUAAUCAUCGAGCAAAUGUAAUACGUAUUUUGCCGUUGCAUGGCAGAAGAAUAAACGUAUAAUUGCAAGUGAUCGAUAAUGACCGAUAACGCAUAGUCGACGUAUCAUCGCCUCGCGUAAUUCAGUGCGAUUCCCGGAGUUAUAGUCCCGUCGAGACUUAUGCUUAAUUUCCGACUAGCGUCAUUCACGCGGUAAUCGUCCAACUUCCCGACAUCGAGAAACGUUAUUCUCCGAUUCUAUGCGCGCGACUUCCAUUAGCACUUCCGUCGAGUUCGGCUUCCGCUUCGUCGGGAUCUGGCCGGGCUUGCCGUACGGAACCUUCACUUGGUACACGUUCAUGACGAGUAUAGUGAUCGCUAUGUAUUUUGAGUACGUGUACAUCUUUGAUCAUUUCGACAUCGACGACAUCUCGAAUCUCAUCGACGCGCUCAGCAUCGCGUUGGCUUGCAGUCUCAGUUUCCUAAAGUUAAUCUCUCUCUGGUCGCAUCGUAGGAUAUUUUACGAUAUCCUGCUAGCAAUGGACGAGGAUUGGAGCGACGUUCUUAAUCACGACCGAUCGAUGUUACACACAAUGUCGAGUAACGCCAAUCUGUCACGUCGCUGCUCGAACGUGUUGAUCAGCAUCAAUGCCACCGCCGCGGUUUGCUACGCCGCGACCAGUUUUACGCGACGUUCGAUAAGCCUUGAAGAGAAUUUCAACGAUAGUUUGAGAGUACUACCUCUAAAGAUGCAGUUUCCUUUUGAAGUUAAUGCCUCGCCGUUCUUCGAGCUUCUAGCGGUCGCUCAGUUUUUUCACGUGGUAUCGGUCGCCGCUCUAACUGCCACGAUAAAUUGCAUGAUCAUCACGUUGGUACUUCACGUGAGUGGACAGAUCGAUAUUCUUCGUCGAGAUUUAUUAGCGAUUUGCUGCGAUGAAGACUCACAACGCGAUUCGAUCAUCACGAGUAUCAAGCAUCUAAUUACUCGACAUCAAAGGAUAAUAACGUUCUCGGAUAAUAUCGAGGAGCUUUAUUCCGAUAUCGCACUGAUGCAGUUUCUGUCGAAUACUGUGGUUAUCUGUUGCAUCGGCUUCACGAUUAUAAGCUCUCUCGCCAAGGAUGGAGGUACCGAGGUACUAUUGAAAUCCGCUAUCUUUUAUGUCGCUGUAACGUUAGAAGCCUUUAUCUUUUGCUUCGUUGGAGAAUAUCUCAGCGCCAAGAGCAAAUCGAUUGGCGAUGCAGCGUACGAGUCGCUCUGGUAUUACAUGACACCUGCCGAUUGUCGGAUUAUAUUAUUUGUGAUAUUAAGAUCGCAAAAAAGAUUGACCAUCACCGCCGGAAACGUUAUGGAUCUCUCUCUGGAAGGAUUCACGACCGUGAUGAAAGCAUCCGCUUCGUAUAUGUCAGUACUGCACGCGAUGUAUUAAACGAGAGACCAACAGAUAACAAUUACUUGUGCCAAGCGCAUCCAUCGUGGUUACUGACGUAUCGGACAGUAACAAGUGUAGCAUUAUAUGUAGCUUGUCUGAAAAGGGCGGGAGCUGUUCUCUUUCAUUCUUAUAUAUAAAAAAAUAAAGUUUGUAUAAAAGAAGG